AUGUUUGGGAAUAGCUUCAAUGCCACUGCAAAGAGCGAUGCCCACCAACCGUUGUUCAACACUAUCGAGUCGGGCCUUAAGCACGGGGGGUGCUCUGUCAAUCAAAUCUCCCUGGUGCAAGGAAGUGACAGAAUCACAGUAAAUUAUAUUCUCUUUGCCCCAAACAUCAUGAGUUCCAGUGUUCCUGGAUCGUUUCCUGCCAUUUAUAACGCUGUUGAUGAACAGGGAAGUCCGGAUCCUGGGCUACCGCAACUGAUUAAGCUUCGAAACAACCUGAAGCUCGAGUACAAAGAUACGCUAAACAACCUUAUCUUACUUGAACUAAUCGCCAUCUAUCUAGCCGACCGAUCGUUUUUCAGGCUGGUGGUGAGAAUCUCGCUACAAUUGUUCCUCUCAAGCAUAAACAUUCACACAUUACGCCAAUGGAUAGAGUAUAACCUCCUAUCUAUGAAUCAACCGGUCUCAGAGGAGACCAUUCGCACCCAGUACAAAUACUUCAAGACCACGAUUCUGGUAGAAAUCUUUGUGAUCAAUGGCCUCGCGUUUUUGGAUCACUUGUUCAUUUUCCGCAAUUACGCUCAGUUGCCUCACAUCUCGUUCGAAUCGAUGACAUCAUAUCUUAAUUCUCAUACAAAAAAUGCAAUUGAAUACUACCAAUCGAAACAGACGUUCCAAUACUACUCAGUGCUAAUCAAUCUCAUCGGAGAAGCGCAACCCACGGGUCGGCUAGGUCUCUUGAUUUUGGAUUGUGCGGUACUUUUAGGCCAAUAUAUCAUGUACAGCCUCAUAUUCUGGCAGAAAAAAAUAGAACCUCCAAAGCCACCGGAUGAAACGUCAGAGUUGAUGCAAGACAAGGAGGAUGGAUACCAAGGUACAAUCACGAUAUUCAACGUGGAGAUGUUCCCCAACGUUGGCUUCACCAAGCUCUGGAACAGCUUUACUAUGUAA